UCUUUAAGUCAAGAAACAUUAUAUGCAACUAUACACAGUAUUGUUGUAAACCAAAUUAACAACAAAAAUGGGCAAGCUUACUUCCCAUUUAUGUACACAUUAUUUAUUUUUAUUUUAAUAAAUAACUUAAUAGGAAUGAUAUAUCCUUAUAGUUUUGCCUCAACAUCUCAUUUUAUAUUAACAUUCUCACUUAGUUUUACUGUUGUAUUAGGUGCAACAGUUUUAGGAUUCAAAGAACACGGAUUAAAAUUCUUUUCUUUAUUUGUUCCAGCUGGUUGUCCAUUAGGAUUAUUACCUUUACUUGUAUUAAUUGAAUUCAUCUCAUACUUAGCAAGGAAUGUGUCUUUAGGAUUAAGAUUAGCAGCCAACAUAAAAAGAUGA